AUGGAUGACUCUCCACCUAGGCAUCAGAGGCCACAACUUCACAAUUUCAACUUGCCUAAUGACCUCAAGUGGGAAAGAACAAGGAGCCAACGCUCAGACGUUAAUCGAAGACAUACUCGGCAUGGUCACAGCAGACUUCACAAAAGGUCCGGAUUGCCAGCCUCGUCAUCGUCAUCGUCCGACUCUCGAUGGUUACAGCAACAAAUAUCUGAAUCAUGUACCGAUGUUGUUUUACCUCAAUCAGCUCCAGCAGUUCACGAAUGGCCCAAAUGGAUUGGAGACAACCCUGUAGCCCAAGAUAACCAUAUUCUAAAAAGAUGUCCCCUACCAUCUGGAGAAGAAACCCUUUAUAGAGAAAGUGAAGGCUCAAAAACACACACACCAUCCAGGACAUCAUCACACCACCGACAAUCUUCUGGAGAAACCCUCCAUAGAGAUGGUGGUUAUGUGUCCUGCAAAUCACCGAUUCCAUCCAGGAUCUCAUCACAUCGAUCUUCUAGAGAAAUCUCUCGUGUACAUAGCAGUUGGAGCUCAAAAUCAUUUUACCAGUCAUCUGGUGGGAGUUCAAGGCCAACAAGGGUGCCAUCACAAGGCCAUCAAUCAUCUAGAAGAACUGCUCCCAGAGAUGGUGGUGGGAGCUCUUCAAGAUCUUAUGGACCAUCUAGAGAAACCUCAUCCAGAGAUGCUGGUGAGAUAUCAAGAUCAUCUAGACUAUCUUCAGCUGGAGAAGCCCAUGUCAAAUCUAGCAGCAAGAUUUUCAAAUCACCACCUCCGCUAUCGGGGGAUGCAUCCAUCUCUGUGGCUGAAAAACCACCGGAUCUGCAUAUGAAAAUCUCAAGAUCUAGUGGAGCUUCUUCCCAAAUGUGGUCAUCUCAUGAUAGCCGUCACUAUGCUUCCCAAACGCUAAAUCAUAGAUCUGAUUAUGAUGAGGAUGACAACAACAAGACUAAUACUGUCUCCAAAAAAGUGAGUUUUAAGCCUUCAGAUGAAAUGCCUAUCAAAAAGCGUCACAAAGCUUUCUCUUCUGUGAAAAUGGAUGGCAAAGAUGAUGAUGGUGAAGAUGAAUUUGCUAAAGAGAAAUAUAUUUAUGAAAUUAUGAAAGAGAAAAUGGAUUGGGAAGAUCAUGAAGGGAAAAAAUACAAGCGAGAAGAUAUGUCAAUUAAGACCUAUGUUUGUUGUUCUAAGAAGGAAGGUGGCCAAAGUAAUGAAGAAAAAAAACCUGAAACUAUGCUACUGCCAAUGAAAAAAAGAAGGGAUGGGUUAAAGUAUAAACCAAUUGAUGAAGAUGAGGAUGCCAAUGAUUUGGAUGCUAAAUUUUUGAAUCUAAGGGAUACAAAGCCAAUUCAUUCGAAUCUUUACCAUGGUUUGAACUUGGAUGAAAAUAACACAACUCCCUCAGCUAAAGACAAGUGGGAGUAUUUAAAGGAGCAAAACUAUAAGCAAAUUGCUGGCAUGGAAGGUGAAGAGCACAAAAAUAGUGGUAACAAGAGAAACUCUGAUCAAGUAAUAAACAAAGAUGAGGAGCAUAACAAGAAAAAUGGUGCUGAUGUGGAGAUAGACAAAGAUGAGGGGCAAAACAAGAAAAAUGAUGCUGAUGUGGAGAAAAAGAAAGACGAUGAGAAGAAGAAAGAGGAAGGAAAAGGGAAAGGGAAAAAAACAUUAAAGAAAAGGAAAAAUGACCAACCGGACGUAGAAGAGGAAGAGAUUAAGGAACUCAAAAUUCCUAAGGUCAAUGCACAACUAGCUCCUGACAAGAUUGCAGAGGAUCUUUUUGUUCUUGGAAAUGGAUCUAGACCUCAAAGGAAGCACUCAUAUUCAAGAACACCAAGAGUGCAGAGGGACAUUGAUCAAGUAACUCCUGGAAUGUGUUUAGAGGACAUUGAAAUGGACCACUACAAAGUCUCUUCAAAAAGUUCUUCAAAGAACCAUAAGAAUAGUAGCAAGAACAACAAGAACAAUAAGAAAGAGAGGUAUUGA